AUGACAACUGUGGCUAGCAAUGUUACUACAAAUCCCAUAUCAUCAAUAGAUCAUGAAGCAAUAGCUUUAUUUGAAAAGGCAAUAGAGAAAGAAAGUCAAGGGCUAAUGUCAGAUGCGGUUGAGAAUUAUAGAAAAGCUUUUAAAUUGAAUGAAAAAAUAGAUUCAUUGUACAGAUCAGUUAAAGUUCCAACUAACAUAAAGAAAAUCGUUGAUGAAAGAGGUAAAAAUGUAAUGACUAGAGUUGAUGAUAAGAUUGUGGCUAGAAUUAAUGUUGACAAGUUAAUUGCAAGUUUUGCUGAUAUUGAAGUUCAAGCUGGAGGAUUAGAUUUAGCUUUCUCGAAUUUAUCAAUAGACCAUGCACAACCUCCCUCACCAUUAACUCAUCUACCUACGGACAUAUGGUUGUACAUACUAGAAAUUUUGGUGCUAACGAAUCCAGAGUCAUGGUUUAUGAUGUCAAUCACAUGUAAGAAAUUUGCAUAUUUGGGAUUCAACACAAGUGUAUGGAGAACUCUAUGUAAUACAAUAUAUCCUGCACAAAUUUAUGAAGAAAAUCUAAUAUAUCUAGCAAGUCAAACUUCAUCACAAACGAUUGAACUACCCAUUCCCAAAAAUCAACUAGAAAUCCUACCACAAUAUGAUAAUUCUUGGAAAAAAAUGCUACAUGAAAGACCAUUUAUCAAAUUUCAUGGAUGUUAUAUAUCGAUUGUUAAUUAUUAUAGUGAAGGUGGUAAAAGUGAGUUUUCACUAUCUUGGACAAAUCCAGUAAAGACAAUAACAUACUAUAGAUACAUUAGAUUUUACCCCGAUGGAACAAUGAUAAAAGUAUUAUCUGUACUACCCCCAAAUCAGGUUGUUUCAUGGUUAUCAAAAGAAAGAAAAUCAAUACCACACGAGGACACUCAUGAUAAAGAAAGUCACAAGAUUUAUUCAGGUAAAUGGAAAAUAAAUUCAGCUGGAGAAGUUCAUGUACAAAUAGACAAUGGAUCAACUUCAUAUUUAACAUUCCAUUAUUAUUUUCAAGUAAAAAAUUUAGGUCACUUUAAACAUGGUAAAAUGAAUUGGAUCAAAUAUUUUGCAGUCAGAAAAUCUACUGGUGAUGAUGAUGAUAGAGUUGGUGAAAUAAUGGAAUAUUCUAUUAGAAAUGAAAAACCAUUCAAAUUUUCAAAAGUACGUAGUUACAAAAUAUAG